AUGACCGUAGAUGAAUAUAGCCAAUGCUUCCGGCAGUUCCAUUACAAUGAGGCCGGUGGGCCCCGAGAGAUGUGGGGACCAUCUGUGAAGAAGAAAGUGAAGUUCUCUGAGGCAGAAGGAGCUCAGUCAGAGGAAAGGCAGAGGGCGCAGGCCCAGGAGUGUGCCCAAGAUGCCCUCUCAAAUGGCAGUGGACAGAUAGUGUUGAGCCAUCAUCUUUGUAGAGGGGUGGAAACGACUGCUGUGCCUCCAAUCCAGAGUCCAUUUUCCUUUGAGGAGGUGGCCAUGGAUUUCACAGAGGCAGAGUGGGCCCUGCUGGAUCCAGGCCAAAGAGCUCGCUACAGGGAAGUUAUGCUGGAGAACUAUGGGAACGUGGGCUUUUUGGGAGGAGGAGAUGAUCAGAGCAAUGAGGAUGAGGACCUGCAUCAUCUAUCACCAGGUGAAGUCAAGAAUGAGGACUUGAAAGGAAACUUCGAGAAUCAAAGUGUACCCAAGAGGCAGAAAGGAAGCCACAUGGUUGAGAAGAGGGAUCAACCCAUUCCUUGCCAAGAGGAAACAUACAAGUGCUUGGAAUUACUCACAGGGAAGAAGCCUUUUGAAUGCUCAGAGUGUGGAAAGAGAUUCAGUCAGAGUGGUCAUCUUCGACGGCAUCAAAGAACCCACAAUGGGGAGAAACCUUUUGAAUGCUCAGAGUGUGGAAAAAGAUUCAGUCAAAGAGGCAGUCUUCAACGGCAUCAAAGAACCCACACAGGGGAGAAACCUUUUGAAUGCUCAGAGUGUGGAAAGAGAUUCAGUCACAGUUGCAGUCUUCAACGUCAUCAAAGAACCCACACAGGGGAGAAAUCUUUUGAAUGCUCCGAGUGUGGAAAGAGAUUCAGUCAGAAUGGCAAUCUUCUACAACAUCAAAGAACCCACACAGGGGAGAAACCAUUUGAAUGCUCAGAGUGCGGAAAGAGAUUCAGUCACAGUGGCAGUCUUCAACGGCAUCAAAGAACCCACACAGGGGAGAAACCUUUGGAAUGCCCAGAGUGUGGAAAGAGAUUCAGUCAGAGUGGCCAUCUUGAACAGCAUCUAAGGACACACUCAGGAGAGAAACAUCAUAGCUUCUCAGACUGUGGUGACAGCUUCUCACAGAAAUCAGACUUUAUUCAACACCAAAUGAUUCAUUCAGGGGAGAAACCUUUUGAAUGCUCAGAGUGCGGAAAGAAAUUCAGUCAAAGUACCAGUCUUCUUCAGCAUCAAAGAACCCACACAGGGGAGAAACCUUUUGAAUGCUCGGAGUGUGGGAAAAGAUUCAGUAGCAGUAGCCAUCUUCCAAAGCAUUUAAGAACUCACACAGGGGAGAAACCUUUUGAAUGCUCGGUGUGUGGAAAGAAGUUCAGUCAGAAUGUCCACCUUCAAAAGCAUUUAAGAACCCACACAGGGGAGAAGCCUUUUGAAUGCUCUGAAUGUGGAAAGAGGUUCACUCAGAGUGGCCAUCUUCUACAGCAUCAAAGAAUCCACACAGGGGAGAAACCUUUUAAAUGCUCAGAGUGUGGAAAGAGAUUCAGUCAGGGUGGCAAUCUUCAACAACAUCAAAGAACCCACACAGGGGAGAAACCUUUUGAAUGCUCAGAGUGUGGAAAGAGAUUCAGUAGGACUGGCAAUCUUCAACAGCAUCAGAGAACCCACACA